GCGGCCGUGCCGGAGCGCAGCGAGACCCCGACCUGAGCCGGGCUCGGCGCCGCCGCAGCGCGGGUGACAGCUCUCUGAGCAGCAUCCCCGAAGGAUGGAAGGGAAAAGAAUGCUGUGUGACUUCUUUGGAGAGGAGAAACUUACCAGUUCCAGGGAGGAGAGCACUGAAGGUGAUGUGAAGACGUUUUGGACACAAGUGGGAAGUAGAAGAGUGGAUGUCAUAUUUGAGCAGAUGCAAAAUGUGCUGUCAGUGCUGAAGGAAAAGAUCAAGAACGGAACUGCAACAAACCAAGAAUGCUGGCAGGCUUGGGCACUGGUGAAUGAAGCUAAUCUGGGUGAUCUCUUAACCUUAGCAAAUGUAAGCGAUGAGUUGAAUGGAGAUGGUGCACAGGAAACCAAACCCAAACUGCAGACUCUUCCAGAUGACAAUGCUGCAGACACUGUAGAAGCUUCUGACAGCGAAAAAGAGGACAUGAAAAGAACCUGCUCAGGGAGUAAAGAAGCACCUAGCAAAAUUCAAGGUUUACCUUUAAACGUGCAGUAUCAGAACCAUAAGUGCUCUAGUGCAUGUCUGGCCAACAGAGCAGUGGGCUCCUACAAGGGUGAAAAUCCUCUGAAGAUCCCAAUCCUGUUUGACUUUCAAAGACGCCAUGCAAAAGCAGACUACCUUUCCAAGUCACUGGAUGUGAAUUACAAAGCUCCUUGCGGUCGGAGUCUGAGAAGCUUUCAAGAUGUGCUAAAUUACUUGUUUGAAACAGAGUGCAAUUUCUUAUUUGUUGAUCACUUUUCCUUCAACACAUAUGUGCUGUUGAGCAGGAACACCAUGAAUCCCGAGCCCCUCGUGUUUGAGUUCGAUAUUAGCGACGGAGCCGAGUCUGUGCCUGUCUCCUUCUGUAACAAUCUCGACCACGCAAGAUUGCCUUAUUUCAAGUAUCGGAAGUCAUCGUGGCCGCGUGGAUAUUAUCUCAACAAUUUCUCCAGCCUGUUUGUUGAUUCCUGUGACUGCACAGAUGGCUGCAUCGAUAGGUCAAAAUGCGCAUGCCUACAGCUGACAGCAAGAGGCUGUAAUAAAGUUCCUCUGUCUCCAACUAGUAGAAGAUCCCGUGGAUACAAUUACAAAAGACUGGAGGGACCUGUUCCUAGUGGGAUUUAUGAGUGUAGUGUGUUGUGCAGGUGUGACAAGCUGAUGUGUCAGAACAGAGUUGUACAGCAUGGCAUCCAAGUCAGGCUGCAAGUGUUCAACACAGAGAAGAAAGGCUGGGGCGUUCGCUGCCUGGAUGACAUCGACAAGGGGACAUUUGUUUGUACCUACUCAGGCAGAUUAAUGAGCAGAGAAGUAUUGGGAGAUGCUGAGCAACAGCUGAAGGAGAAAAGUGCAGUGAAUGACAAAGGCCAUCACUUCUCUUCCAAAAAAAGAAAACUUGAUAUUGUUCAUUCAGACUCAGUGAUUGAACUAAUGCAGAUUGACAAAAAUGACAUUCUUGAGAAUCAGGAAUCUUUGUCUCAGAGUGUGGAUAAUGAAAAUAAAUCAACUCUGGUUCAGCUAAAGAACUCAAGUAAUGCAACUGUCAGAAGGCCUGGAACUAGAACACUUGUUUUUCGCAGUCACCAGCUAAAAAUGGUGCACAGUGCCAGCUCAGAUGAAGAUGAUAGUUCUCAGAUUCAUCAGUCAAGCAAAACAAAACUAACCAGUGGAACCAUGAAAGGAAAAGAAAAAUCCACCCAGCAGCAGAAGGAAGAACAUCUGAUGGAAAUUGGACAGACCGACUCUGCUGGUGUAGAGAGUGCAGAAUGCAAAAGAAAGAGUCUGUCCCUGCAGGGUGUUGAUUGUGGCAAGUCCCGUGUGCUGGAUGACACAUGUGUUGUGAGGCCAUCCAACAAUGCACCCCUAAAAGCUGACUGCAAAGAAAAUAGCAGGCAGCCAAAACAAGAUGCACUUUGUGAGGAGUCUGAUGGUGAUGGGAUGCUUCCCAAGAAUGCUAAUGAAGAAAAUAUUUAUAUACUGGAUGCUACAAAAGAAGGAAAUGUGGCUCGUUUUCUAAAUCACAGCUGCUGCCCAAAUCUCUUUGCACAAAGUGUGUUUGUAGAAACUCACAACAGAAGUUUUCCAUGGGUGGCAUUCUUCACAAACAGACAUGUGAAAGCUGGAACCGAACUCACGUGGGAUUAUGGUUACGAAGCUGGAAGCAUGCCAGAGGCAGAGAUUUCCUGUCACUGUGGAGUUCAGAAGUGCAGGAAAAAAACCUUAUAGACAAAGCUUUCCUACUGUCAUUAAAUCUUGCUCCUGGGGAUUUAUGUACGAGAAGGGAUGUACUACUCAGCGAACAGCCUCAAGUCCGUGGUGCUAAUUGCAUUCAACUAAAAUGCCUUUCACCUGAUGACUUUUUAAAUUUACAUUUAAAUGUCACUUUUGUAGUUUACAGAAAUCGAACUGUUUUCCUAAGAACAGGCAUCAACCUUUCCCUGGUAAUUUCUGUUCUCCUGGUCUUCCUCCUCCCUGCUUCUAAUCCACAAGCAAAGUUCAUAGUGCACUGGAAGAAUUCCUGCUCCAUGCCAUCUUCCGUAGAGACAUGAGAGCAACACUUCCUUGGUGCUUUCUGUGCCCCUCCACAGUGCUGAGUUAGCAAAACUCAAGUUUCUGAAACUCAUUAUGUAUGCAAGACUGCCUCUCUGGGCACUAGGAAUUGUUAAAAUAUACCUAAGCCUGUUGGAUCCAGUGGGAAAGAUAGUCCUGAACAGAGACAGAAUUAAACAGAAUAGGACAGUUCUGCAGAGCUGUGUUUGUGCUACAGAAUGAGCUGGAUAUGUCCUGCCGCAGCAGGAGAGAAAUGACUGGGUUCUGUUGGAUUGCACCCCUCUCCACAUUUGUGACGCACAGAGAAAUCCUUGAGAAAUCCAGCAUACCUCAUCUCAGUGCCAUAUUUUCUAUGGGACAGGUGGGCCACAGAAUUCCUUACUACAUGAUUUGUUGGUAAGAGAGAAACAAGCUACAUUAGCCACGGAGUGCAAAUGCAGGAGGUGGCUCUGAAAUGGAUCAAGGGAUGGGCGUGCAGGUGUGAACGUGUUGGAGCCUUGGGCAAGGAGGUGUCACAGAUGAGCAAUUUAGACGCUUGAAGAACCACUGCCAAAGGUUUUAAAAAAAUGGUUAUAUUAAAAAUGUUGUAAAAGUAAGAAUUAACAUAGUUUGAUAGCAAAAUUUACUCUGUUAACUGCAGAGGAGAUGAAAAUUAUUUAAAGUUACCAGUACAAAAUCUAGUGGCACACUAGUACAAGGCUGUGUGUGACAUCAGUCGUUUGCCAGAGACCUGCAGUUGAUCCAGAGUCUCUCAGCCUCGAGGAGUAACAUUGAGAGCAUCCCAGCCCACAGGGAGAUCACUGCCAUCCAGCCAACUGAUUAGCAUGAGAGCUAGAAGAAAGGCUCACUCAGGCUGUCAUUUAUGGAAUAAAAUGGUUGGCUUGAAGUCAAAUUACCUUUGUUGGAGAAGGUAAACAUGAAAGUCUUGUACCUGCACCUUUCUUUGUUCCUUGAUAAAUGAGCCUUGGAAGAACCACCAACUAUUCAUGUGCUAAUUGCAUGGUUGGUAUCCCAGAUUCCAAGUCCAUAUGCCUCAGUGCUCACCAUGUCACCCUGCUCCUGUGGGGAUUUUCAGAGAAAUGGUUGGAACAAAUGAAGGUCUUGGCCUGGUUGUGUCCAAGACUAUACUGCAAAAUGAAGGAGAAGCAGGAACCAGUUCUCAGCCCUGGGACUGAGAGGCAAUGGCUUAGGGAUCUGUUUUAAUUGGGUUGUAUCUGUGCUGUGUAACUGUGGACAAACAUGGUGUCUGUGACCCUAAGUGGUGGGGUUUUUUUAAAUUUGCUUUGGAUGCUUCAAGAUUAAAAAUCUUGUAAAUCUUGGGAUUGUAUUGUAACACACGAUACUCUUGAAGUUUUCAAGUUUCAGCAUGCAUGAGGACUUUCAGUGUGUUAAAAGUGGACCUUUAACAGAGAUAACAGACCUGUGAACCAUUCUGCUUACUUAGAGUGAAACCUCAGAUCUUCUCUCCCACAACUUGUUUGAGUGUUUGACACAUCCAUCAAGCAAACCUCUCCUUGGCUUUAGUCCCACUCUGGAUUUGUAUGGGUUUUCACCACCCAUCUUCAGGGAUAAAUGCAGAAGAGCUGGGUUACCCCAGUGUUGGUGCAGUAUCUCCUCAGAAGGUCAGAGCUAGUCGCUCUUAUCCUAAUCAGCCCCUGUGUUAGCUGAAGACAGCACUCGACCCCUUUGCUUUUUGCUUCACUGAAGAUCUGUCUCUACUCAGAGAGAAUACACCUUGGGGGAACAUCUUUCAGUGUUAACCAGAGACAUGCCAAAGUGUAUGACAAACCCAUGGGUAAGCCAGAAGUGGUGUUAGCCUUUUAAACAAAUGGAAAUGCAGAAAACGUCUGUGUCUGUGCUUGACCUGAAUGUGGAAAAGAAGAUGGGAAUGUUGUUAAAGCAUCAAGAGCAGGGGGGAAAGAAAGUACAUUUUACUCUGGUUGAUUAUAUAUUCCAGAUCAAUGGUAGGAAUUAAUUAUACUGGGCUGGUAAGGAAAAGCCCUGUUUCUUAAUACAGGAAAACAGAGCUGAUGUUUCGAAAGAGGCAGCAGUUACUUGCUCCAUGUGGUCUGCAACGAUGGGAGAGCCUGCUAUGAGUGUAAUGUCACAGAAGGCAUGUGUAUGAGACAGGGCUUUUUGGCUAGCUGGGUUUAUCACGACUGUUUCCAGGUUAGUGCUUCUUCAUUUUCCUGCCCCAGACCAGAAAUCAUAACCUAUUAAUGAGCAAAAUCACCUUACAAGGUGUGCUUUCUGCCUGCUUCUGUAGUAUUACUAGAACAAGUUCUGCUGAGGGUGUCCUGCAAGUAUCUUCUGCAGGUAACGAGCACAGGAGUGCUCACCUGAGCUCUCUCUCUGCUCUGCUGAUGGUUCCUCUGCUUGUCACAGCUCACAGAUGGGGAUAUUUCUAAGCACAGCCCCUCCUGUCACCCGUGCUUUAGCAGAGCACUGUGUAGAAGCACCAAGCACAAGCACUGAUGGAAAAAAGGAUGAAGAUAUUCCUAGUGAAGUACUCAAAAGCACCUGUGGAAUUACACACUUGGGACUGCCCAUCAGCCUGUCAGGGGCAUCAUAAAUGAAGAGUGCCUGAUGGGAAUUAGUUGCACUGAGGUGUGAAUUGCAGCUCUUACAGUGAGCAAGAGGGUCCCUAUGGAGGGACAGUAGGGUUCCAUGGUAAUAAAUAUUAGUGCCCAAGAUAAGCAUACAAAUGCAAAGACAGAUGAAGAUCACUUAUGGCAUAAAUAUAAAAGAAACUGGACUGGAGCAUAUUAAGUGACUUUUUAAAUUUUUUUUUAACAAUAAAUCACUGAGCAUUCAUUUCCAGCUCUUUGUAUUUCACAGAACUAUUUGGGCUUGAUAGCCCAACAGUUUGGAGGAAGAUCUCACCAGGGUUUUCGACUUGAUUUUGCUACACAGAGAAUUGUUUUCCUGUGUUGAAGAACAGACUUCUGUUAGGAAGAUUUUUACUAGUUUAAGAUUUAUGCACCUGUGGGUGCUUGGAUCAUGGUGACUGAUUUGAGUAUCAUCUAGGUAAUAGAUCUGGGAAUGGGAAUUGUGUAGCAGCAUUUGGCUAAUAGAUAUCUAAUUCCAAGCCUGGACACAGGCAUUGAUGUUAGCUCUGAUAUGCUACAUCUGGGCAGGUGCAAAGGGAUUUGGGAAACCAGCUGGAAUGAUGCCAGCAGUAUGGAAAAGCCAAAGCUGAUCUAGUUCUGUCCUGGUUUAGGGCAAAUUUGGGAGAAAACCCUUAAAUGGGGUCCCUCUGGGGAGCAAACCCAAACGGUCCCCUCUCCUAACUGGUCUGGUAAAGAAUUGCCUCAGAGAAAAGUGGAAAAAACUAUUUUAUUUAACAAAGUGCCCACAAGUACGAAGAAUUAAUAAUAUGAAACAAUAAAACCUCUCGUUCUGGAGUGAGAUGGCAAAUUGAGAAAGUCCUUGCCGUGGGUGUAGCUCGGCUCUCUCUCAGUCUCUCCUCAGUCCCAGUCCCUCCGGCGCUGCUGGAAAAUGCCGAGGUCCAGGCCCCAGUGGGAUGCAGGUGCAGCUCCCAGUGCUUCCAUGGGUUUUCAGUCCAGAGCAGGUUUAAACAGUCCCAAGAGAAAAAAAAACAAUCCAGGGAACUUCUCUGCCCUAGCUAGCUGAAACUAACUAAAAGCAAAAAUAUCUCUGUCCUGCAGUCUUUCCAAGCCUCUGCCGAACACCCCGUCCGGAGAAGAAUGUGCAGGAGUCGGGCAGUUUUCUCAAAACAAACUCCGUGCUUCUCCUCGCUCUUAGAACCAGUCUUAAAGGCACAGGACUCAAUAUACAGCACAAACAGAACAGAUGAUUGGGGAUACAAGCAUCACAAAGUUACCCUAGGACAAGCUGGUAAAGGGAACUGAUCCUAAAAGCUCCAUGUUGUAUUUGGUGUGGCCUCCUGAUGAGAUGUGAAAAACACCUGUCACUUGUUUUAAACUUUUAAAAGUUUAAUAGUAAUAAAAUGGUUAUAAAAAUAGUAAUAGAAUUAGAAUAAUAAAAAUUUGGACAAUUAGGGUUAGGACAAUAUGAGACAAUAAAAACAAAGUUACAGACCUCUGGGGCAAAUAAGCUCUGAAAAAGGACGCCUGUUAGCAGAGGAUUAACUCUUAAAAGCAAUAGCCUGUUGAAUAUUCAUACAUGUCAUACAUGGUACAUAAAUUCCAUUCAAACAAAGGAUUCUCUCUGGUCAGUGUCACUUUCUCCCCCUUAAUCCCUACCAGGCAGGAGAAGUUAGUCUCUUCUGAUAAGGGAGUAAUAAAUUCUUUUUCUCUGAAAGAUUUACGUAUCCUGUGGCUGCUAUCUUUGCGAGUAGCAGACGUCUGGGUGCCUUCCCAGCAAAAAGCUCCGAAGAAGGACCCCUGUUAACAAAGGAUUAUCUUUUAAAAGCAAUAGUCUGUUGAAUAUUCAUACAUUUCAUACAUGAUGCAUAAAUUCCAUUCAAACAAAGAAUUCUCUCUGGUGAGUGUCACUUUUUUCCCUUAAUCUCUAUGGCGUCUUCAGGGCUGAGCGAGGCAGAAGUUGGUCUCUUCUGAUAAGGAAGUCAUAAAUUCUUUUUCUCUGAAAGAUUUACAUUUUCUUGUGGCUGGUAUAUAAAAACUACAUUUUAACUACAAAACUACAUUUACCAUACUAUCAAAAUAUUAAUACAACAUUACUAAUCAAUACAACAUAAUACAUAUAGUAAAUAUCUUGCAUAGAGCCAUAUAAUAUGCACUUUUCACAAGACAGAAUAUGCCUGUUAAUGUGGUUGAUGAGCUCGCUGGGGGAGGUUUAACAAGACCAAAUGCCAGGUCCUGCACUUUGGCCACAACAACCCCAGGCAGUGCUACAGGCUCAGGGAAGAAUGUCUGGAAAGAUGCUUGGCAGAAAAAGACCUGGGGAUGCUAGUCAACAGCAGCUGAACAUGAGCCAGAGUGUGCCUAGGUGGCCAGAAAGGCCAAUGGCAUCCUGGACUCUAUCAGCAAUGGUAUGGCCAGCAGGACCAGGGCAGGGAUUGUCCCCCUUGGCACCGCUGAGGCCACACCUAUGAGACAUGAAAUUUGAAGAAUUAAGGAUUUUUAGAUAAGUUAGUAAGUUGCUGAAUUAGCUGAAGUAGAUAGGUAAUCUUUGUUCGCAGUUAACAGAAGCCGGAUCUUAGAUAAGCUAUCCCGGAUUUAGUAACUCAUUGCUUGUCAGCUUUAUGUUUAUGUAGCUGUGCUUGUAAUGAAAAAUAAAAUGUGGUAAAUAGGACCUAAGAUAGCUGCAGAUUUCCUGCUUAAAGGACCCAUUGAACACAGGAAACUGUAAGUUCUACCAAGGAUUCAUCUGUCACGAAUGCAUUGAAAAGGUAGAAAGGUCAGGACGAGGAAGACUCAUCUUACUUCCUCAUUUUGGGUGACCCCUCCCCAGAAUAGACCCCCGACUCAUUAUAAGAAAAAAACUACGCAUGCUUAAGAGCCUUUUUUGCCAAUUAGCAUACGAAGCGAGGAAUGGGACGUGACAGGGGUAUGAAUAUGUAUUUGUAUUUUGGGUAUUCAACACUUUUGUAAAUAAAAGGCUUUGUAAUUACCUGUGAAUUUCGCAGUGCGAAUUAGGGAAAUAUCCUGCGUGCUGCCCGUAAUAAACACACACUUUCUAACUUUAAA